AGGGCCCUAGCCAGACAGCCCCAGCCCACCUUGCCUCUGUGAUGUCAGCAGUGGCCCUGUGUCACAAAGGGGGUAGGCCCUAUGUCACCAAGGGGGAGGCAGCCUGUGGCUCAGUGUGCUCUGGGAGCUGGAGGAGGGAGCACACGGCUGUCUGGGCUCUGCUUUUCAGACAGUUGGGAGCAAUUUUUCGAGCGUUUCGCACCUGUUUAUACAGAACUCACGGAGGAAUCCACAUCCUCAUUGUCAUCUGCAAUUAUAUGUGAGACAUCAACAUUCUUCUGUGGCUCGACCAUCCCAGCACAGAGGAACCAAUAUGGAUCUUUAUGGCUACCUCCGCCGACUGCUGGUCCCGUCUGGAGCCACAGACCAGGGGAAUGAGGCUACGGCAGCCACUGGGUGUUGCAGCCCUUCCCUAUCUGGGCCUGCUACUUCAGACACAGCAGUACAAGAGACUACAGUGUCAGCCAGAGAUGGCAACCCACCUGACACAGAGUCUUCUGGUCCAGGAGUGAAUAUGGGGCUUUUGGACCAUCUAUACCGAAGACUUACUCACACUAUUGGAUGGACACCUUUCCAAACGGACAGGACAAAUCUGGACUCCAGCCAGCCAGGCCCCACUGACUCUUCUGUCCCAGACACAGAGGAGCAGAAGGUGGCCCAAAAACAAGACCCGGCGCCACAAACCCUGGCUGCAGGAGCGGGCAGCCACUCCAGCACUUUCUGUGCUGAGCCCCGUGAUCCAGGCACCAAGCGAAAGGCCUAUUUGUCACCCAGGGGACAGCUCGCCCCAAUCAGCAAGGCGGAGGAGGAGGAGGACAGGCCAAGGAAGACCAGAGGCCUUGCUUGCGUGAGGGACAUGGAUGAGGCUGCCCUGAGGAAGGACAUUGGCACCCUCUUCCCAGCACUCCACUCCAUGGUGUGUCAUCUCCCCAGAGAGCACCUGGAGGAGCGGAGAGAGGCCCUGGACUCUCUAGUCCAUCUGGCUCGCUUGUUCCUGGUGGAGCUGCUUGUAUUCCUGUUCAGGAGGCUGAACAGGGACGAGGAAGAGGAGACCUGUGCCAGUCUCUGCAUUCUGGACCAGAUAGUCCGAUCCAACAUUUCGGAAAUGACACAGCACACAGAGCAGCUGUUCAUAGCCCUGGGGCCAAUCCUGCAGUGCACAAGCAUACGGGUCAGAGAAGCCCUUGCUUAUUUGAUACGCACAAUGGGGGCGCAUGGGCUCUUGGAGAAACCUGAUUCAAGACCCUUAAUUGACUUCUUGGUGUGUCAGUGCACCCUGCCCCUCGACAGCAUGGAGGCAGCAGACGGGAGGCACACCAUGGAGCUCGAGGUCCGCCAGCUCUGCUCCAGCACCCUGCAGUCCCUGGGUGAUUCCCCCAGAAUGGCCAAUGUUUUAUGGCCUGGGCUGCUCCUUCAGCUGAGCCCAGCAGCCCAUGGGCCAGCCCUGCCUCUCCUCCUGCAGACCUCGGUCGGGGUGGUAAAGAGGCUGCAGGAGGAAGGCAGUCUGCCCUUGGCCAGGUGCGGCAAGGCGAACAGAGGGUGUCGGUUAAGCCCCAGGGCCACUCUACCCCAGGAGCUGCUGGCUCGGCUGCUGGUGCUCGGUGCGUCUUCAUGCAUGACGGUGCAGGUCAGAAGGGCAGCCAUGUUCCUCCUCUUCCAGCUGAUGAGCAUGUUCCAGGCCGGCUCAGGCCGAUUCUGGAAUAACUACAUGACCGAAAUGCUCCUCUACGUGGAAGAUCACAAGACCUGCUUCUGCCAGAGGGAGUGGGAGCAGCAGCUGCUGCAGUUCCUGGAAGACCUUCUCUUCCUCAUCUCAGACCAUACCUGGCUGGGCUGUUUCAUCACCAGUAUCAGGCGCCAGCUGGCCCACAGCGAUAAGCGGCCCAGUGACAAGGUCAGUGUCCUGGAAGGAAUUGGGGUUCAGUGCCUAGUUCAGAACAGCAGUCACUACCCAGGGGCAGCUUGGGGCCAGUGAAGCCGACAGCUAUACCCAGUGGGCUCUGUGCAUGCCAGGCCAUGCCCAAUGCAU